UCUGGAAAAAGAAAAUAUAUAUUCUUUGUGCCGUUAGCUUUCAAAAUUCCCUCCAUUUUCCAUGGCUUUCAACGUUUUCAUUUCUCAUUGCUGGCCUCAAAGUUUUCUCUUUUACUUCGCACCCAUCACCUGACAAGCCGCUAUCACAACCUUACUACUUUAUCUUCUUCUUCACAUUUGGUGUUAAAUUCGUGCCGGGACCUCCAGACACUGAAACAACUCCAUGCUCGUUUUAUGGUCUCAACUGGGGUCGAACCCAUCUCCCUUGCUUCAAAGCUAAUCACCUUUUAUACCCAGUUCAAUGACCUUGAGAGUGCUGUUUCGGUUUUUAAUAGAUUAAGGCAACCGAAUACGUCAUUCUGGAAUUUGAUCAUUAAAUCCCAUGUUGAAUUUGGUCAUCUUGAAUCUGCAUUUUUGCUGUAUAGGAAGAUGCAUGAACUGGGAGUUGCGCACGAUGUUUUUACUUUUCCCAUCGUUAACAAGGCCCUUUCUUUGCUUAGGAUUGAUGUGUUAUAUGCAGGAAUGGUCCACUGCCUUGCAAAUCAAAUGGGGUUUGUGCUGGAUGUUUAUUUUGGCAAUACAAUGAUUGAACUUUAUGUGAAAUGUGGGUGCGUCUAUUAUGCUCGCAAAUUGUUUGAUGAGAUGUGCCAUAGAGACUUGGUUUCUUGGACGGCUAUGAUUUCAGGGUAUGUGUCUGAAGGAAAUUUUAUCUGCGCCUUAAAUUUUUUCAGAGAAAUGAGGAUGUUGGACCUGGAGCCGAAUGCAGUUACAAUGAUGGUCGUAUUGCAAGGCUGUUGUGGAACUGGAAGUUCAAUAUAUGGAAGGCAACUUCAUUGUUAUCUGUUCAAGAAUGGUUUAUUAAUGGAUGGAUCUCUGCAAAAUUCGAUCUUGAAAAUGUAUACCAAAUUGGGUACCAUUAAUGAAGUAGAAAGCUUUUCUAGAGAAGUUGAUAGAAGAAGGGAUGUUGUUUACUGGAAUGUUUUAAUUUCCUUUUAUUCCUCAGUUGGAGAUGCUGUAAAAGCAAUUGGCAUGUUCAAUAAGAUGCGACUUGAAGUAGAAACCAGCAUCGAGACAUUAACUUCAGUUAUAUCAGCUGUUGGCAAAUCUGGAAAUCUUUUCCAAGGUGAAAAGCUGCAUUGUCUAGCUAUAAAAAGUGGGCAUCUUGAUGAUGUUUUGCAGACAUCUUUGUUGGAUUUGUAUGCCAAAUGUGGGGAAUUGGGAAAAUCAGAGAGAUUAUUUAAAGAAAUCCGUCAUAGGAACAACAUCACGUGGAGUGCGAUAAUGUCAGGUUUCAUUCAAAAUGGGUACUUCAAUGAGGCAGUUGAAUUGUUCCACCAAAUGCAAGCUACAGAUCUUGAACCCAGUUCUGAGAAUUUAAGAAACCUUGUUGAUGCAUAUACUAAUCUAGGAGCUCUACAGUUAGGCAAAAGGGUCCAUGGAUUCCUUAUUAGGAAUAUAUUCCACAGAUCUGAGGUAUGCAAUACCCACCUUGAAACUUCUCUUCUCAACAUGUACAUAAGAUGUGGAAGCAUAUCUUCAGCUAGAGUCUAUUUCAAUAAAAUGUUAAUCAAAGAUGUAGUAACGUGGACAUCAAUGAUCGAGGGCUAUGGGUCCCAUGGACUAGGUGUGGAAGCCCUGAGAAUUUUUGAUCUUAUGAUAGAAGAAAGAAUAGCACCAAACAGAGUCACUUUUCUGAGCUUAUUAUCAGCUUGUAGCCACUCUGGCCUUGUGAUAGAAGGUUGUGAAGUAUUUUCUUCCAUGAAAUGGAAAUUUGGGAUUGAUCCAGAUUUAGAUCAUUACACUUGCAUGGUUGAUCUCCUGGGUCGUUAUGGGAAGCUCAAAGAGGCUCUAGUUAUUAUUAUGAAACUGAUAGCUUUGCCUGAUAGUAGGAUAUGGGGUGCUCUUUUUUCAGCCUCCAGAGUUCAUCAUAUUCACAGAGAACUUGGGGAAUAUGCAGCACAAAAGCUCUUGGAACUGGAACUUGAUAAUAUUGGGUAUUAUACUCUGCUGAGUAAUGCACAAGCUAGUAUAGGCCAAUGGAAUGAAGUUGAAGAAAUUAGGAGAGUUAUGAAAGAGAAGGAAAUGAAGAAGAAACCAGGAUGGAGCUGCAUUGAGAAUAAAGGAAGGGUAUAUGGGUUUGUUUCUGGUGAUAGAUCACACCAUCAAACUGAGGAGAUUUAUGGGGUUCUGGGAUGUUUAAGUAGGAUGAUAAAGGGAUUUCGAUAAUGUUGGUUCGGUUGUCUAAAUGGAGGGUAUUUUCCCUCAAAGGAACAGAAUGUAAUGGCAAAUUUUGGAAGUAAAUUAUUAUUAUUUUUUAUUAAAAUUAUACACUUCGACAAAUCUUGGGAAGAAGAGCUAACCUCAACUUGAUCUCUCUCUCAAACUGAUGAUCUGAAUUCUGUUGAGUCUGUGAUUAACCAGCCGGCAUGGGAAGGUUCUUUUUACAUUUGAACCUCGGAUGCAAGGAUCCCAUUAUGGGCCGCUCUUGGUUGUAGAAUUUUGGGUUGGGCUUCCUAUUGAGAUGUUAAAUAUAUAUAUAUAUAUAUAUAUAUAUAUAUAUAUAAUUAUGUUUUACCAUAA